AUGGCACCUGUUUUAUCAAGUAAUUGGAAGAAUCUUCAAGCAGCAUUAAAGAAGGCGCCCAAACCAGAAUCGGAUGCGAAGAAACGAAAAGCUGCAGAACCUUCGGAAAGAACGAAAGAUAGUAUCGCAAAGCGCAGAAGAUUAGAAGGCAUCGCAGUAAAAUCUCGACCAGUUGCAGACGCUAAAACUUCGAGGAAGGGAAAGAUGGGAGCAAUGGGAAGUUCGCCAGCUUUGGAUUCAACAGAAGAUGAUACACCACUUCCAAAGAAUGCACCGUCUGCUUCUUUAGCACUUUGGGCGGAAGAUAAUGAUAUAUCGGCGAAAGAUCUCGCGGAAGCUUAUGGAGGGAGUCUAAAAGAUACUACCAUUCAAGGUGCUCGAGCCGACAAAAUUAAUGGCGGGCUUUCAGAAGACGUUGAUAUAGGGAAAUACAUUGGAAUUGAUUGUGAGAUGGUAGGUGUAGGAGGUUCCGAAGAUAGAUCGGUAUUGGCUCGAGUUAGUAUUGUCAAUUUUCAUGGCACGCAGAUAUACGAUUCUUUUGUGCGACCCAAAGAGUUUGUUACGGAUUGGAGAACUCAUGUUUCUGGUGUAUCGACGAAAAAUAUGGCGACGGCGAGGGAAUUCGGUGAGGUGCAGAGAGAUGUGGCCGAGAUUUUGAAGGGAAGGAUAUUGGUGGGACAUGCGAUAAAGAAUGAUUUGGAAGCCAUGAUACUGAGCCACCCGAAGAGAGACAUACGAGAUACAUCGAAAUUUUCAGGCUUCAGAAAAUACAGUAAUGGGAGGACACCCAGUCUGAAGAAGUUGGCAAAGGAGAUUCUGGGUGUGGAUAUACAAGGUGGUGAACAUUCUAGUAUUGAGGAUGCAAGGGCAACUAUACUUUUGUUUAGGAAACACAAAUCGGCUUUUGAUAUUGAACAUGCAAAGCAUCAUCCUCCGCACUCGGGUGUAUCUUCGAAGUCCAAGCCCAAUAAGAAGAAGAAGAAAGGGAAGCGUUGA